AUGCGGGACUUGGCGUUGACCCACAGCGGCAUAUUCACAUCCUGUGUCGCCACCUACAUGGCCUACAAGAAAUCAUGCCCGGUCUACAACGUUAGCGUCCUCGGCCUCGCCGGGUUCAUCAGCGGCUACGCGCACGUGCAGAUGCGCCGUCAGCGGCAGAGGCAAUACGGAGUCAAGAUCGACCCCUACUUCAGCAAGCCCGAGGACAUACGCAUGGACCAGUACGGGGACGCGUUCGCUGGUCACUGCUGGCGCACCAACCACGGCACUUACGUCAACGGUGGCAUCGAGGUCGACUCCGAAUCCAGCAUCAGCUUGGGCCAAAUCAUCACGAGGGUCGUGCGCAGCGCAAGCCACAGCGGCAUGACGUUCCUGGCGCCCCAGUGGGGGCGAGCCGCGGCUGCGGAGCGCCAGGUACCCUUCGUGGCGAGGAUCGUCAACGCCUCGGGCACGGGCUGCGGUGCUUGCGACCGCCGGAACUGUACAGGCUGCCUGCUGCCAAAGGGCAACGCGCGGUUGCGCCUGCGGGCCGGCCUCUUCACAGGCGCCGCGGGCACGGCGAAGAUCUACCUUGCGCUCGACUGGAUGGAGUCAUCAAGAUACGACCAGGCCUAUGUCGAAUCCAUGAAGGAGGAGCAGAGUGCUGAGGCAGCUGGUGAGGAGACGGACACGGACACUGUCCCGCUGGCCUCCUGCAUCAAUGCCUUCGUGGCUGCGGAGGAGAUGAAGGCCGAGGGCGACAACGGCGUCAAGUGCGACCAAUGCAAGAGCAACAUCGCGGUGGACGCGCAAAAGAAGAUCGACAUUUGGCGAGAGCCCGACGUUCUCGUCUUGCACAUCAAAAGGUUUCACUUCAGCGGAGAUCACUUUGAAAAGAUCUCCACGCCCGUGCAGGGAGCAGAGUGCCCAGGCCGUCACCAGCUGCCUUUGUUCUACGACCUUCCCCCGCAAGUGCCAUAUAAGAUCCACUGUUGCGCGAGCGACAUGCACAUCGUGGUCGAGCCGAAUGUGGGCAAGAAGAAAUUUAACCUCAAGGUCGAGGCAAGUGACAGCAUCAAAGACGUGAAGGCAAAGAUCCAAGAGCAGGAGAAGCUCACCCCUGACAAGUACUCCCUUUCCUUUGACAUGAAGGAACUGAAGGAUGGUCAGGUCCUCUCAGACACCAAGAUUUGGAACAACACCAAGAUUUCCUUGGUCAUGCACCCUACGGGCCUGACGGGCCCCAAUCCGCCACCCUGUGGCGUUCCGCCUCCUUGUUCCUGA